AUGAACAGAGACAUGGCGAGGGGUUUUAUCAACACCCUGAUGGUAUGUGGCUCAAGGAAAGGAACUGCUCAAGAUAUUUGGCAAAUUAACUCUGCUCUAGUUGUUUUCCGUACCUCACCAAAGAGUGGACACUCGAGCCUAAAUGCACAACUACAAGUCUACCGCAACGCCAUAGGUAUCUCAGUUCUUUAUGCACUUCUUAUGUGGGCUAAAUUACACGAAAAUAGCUUGCAAGAGGCGAUGAAUCCAAUCCCAAGUGGAAACUUGUCACAAUCACAAAGUUCAGAGAAUGGACAGGUUUCGGGAGUCAAGAGAGCGCAAGAGAGCGCAAAAGAUAGAACAAGGCCGGGACCAUCUAUACAGCUGGUGACAUUCAAUUCCUCACGUAAGAACGUCGUAUUACGUCCGUUUGGCCUCGAACCUAAUGGCGUUUUGGUAGAGAAGAAAUUUGAGGAUGUCAAGGUUAUAACCAAGGGCUUGAAGAGAAGCUCACAGCAAGCCUUUGGGAUUAGAGCUUAUUACUUCAAUAGUGUGCAACUGCCAAUCGGUGGUGCAGUAGCUGUGAAGAAGGGGACGGACGCGGAUAAACGAGCUAUCGUGAAAGCGCCUUGA